CUGAGGCCGUUGCCAAGGAUAUCCGAUAUUCCACGCUAAAGCUUUCCGUUUCCCGUCCAGCCAGCCUGCUGCUUAGAAGUAUUCACCCCCGUCGACCAUCUGCGCCGCGCCACGACAUUUCUAGCGUGGGGAUUACAGUGCAGAUACCUAUCGUCUUCGUCUCGGGUCAAGAGAACACAGUCCCCUAGGGAGGAUGUACUUUUGAUCCAUGCUCUCUAGGCCUGGAAACUCCUUUGUUAGAUGUCUAUCUAUGAACCCUGGACCAUGGCGUCGAGAUAUGCUCCCUAGCUGGGAUCUCUAUAAUAUGGUAGCAAUAGACGAAGUACAUGCAUACAUCAUUCUACAUAGUACAUUGCAUCUUGGUAGGUUUGCCGGGGAUAUAAACUCGAGCCGAUUCCCUCGAGCUGCGUUGGCGAUCAUCCUCAUCUCUUUCAUAGAGCGCCUUCUCUCUUAUUUGCUCUUUGUUUUCAUACUUCCUACAGUUUUCCUCACAUUGGGUUUACAUCUUUGUUUAGGUAUAUUUCUUCCUCGUAUUCAUUCGGGUUUCGAAUUUCGUCAAUUGACCAUUUCAAAUCUCGGCUCCGGAAGCCCUCUCUCAUCUUGCAUUGCAUACACGGUUAGAAAUACAACCGUACGCGCAUACUACUACACAUUCUAUUUUCUAUUCUAAGCGCCGGCCAACCACUCGCCAGCCACCCACACCCACACCCACACGGCCUCGGCCAUCUAAGAAACACUGUAUUAUCCUCAGCUACCGCCUGCAAUACCCUAGUAUUUACAGAGAACUACACGUGUGC